AUGUAUGCAAGGAGUGCCUCCGCCAGUGCAGAGUAUCACUUUGUUUCCACUGCUGGUACCUCUAAUGUGGGGACUUGCAUUGAGAAUGAGAAGAAAGCACUGCUAAAACUUAAAGAAAAUCUCACAGAUUCUUCAGGCAGGCUAUCUUCUUGGACUGAUCAAGAAGAUUGCUGUCAAAGGCAUGGUGUAACCUGUGACAACAAGACAGGAAGCGUCGUAACGCUUGACCUCAGAAACAAUGGAUUGGGAGGUGAGAUCAGUCCAUCUUUAGUUGAGUUGAAAGAGUUGAGAAUACUUAGACUUGAGUAUAUUCCUGAGCCGGAGAUCUAUUGA